UCGCAAGGCUUUGCCAAAUUGCCGGGAUUUUUGGCUAAUAUCCGCAGCCUGGUUCGAAUUGGAGAUAGUACACAAGUUUACGCUGGCGCGAUAGAGAGGCAGCUACAGCUGGUGCGUAAAAGGGUUGCAAAAAAGCACCAAAAAAGGAUCUGAGACUCGUGUGAACUGCGGUGCGUUCUUUGGUAAAACGUGUUAAGAAGUGUGAUUAAAAGUUUUCUCAGGCGAAGGCCCACGCAAUAAAGUAGUAUUAUAAACCAGUGUUCGCACGAAGUAGGCUGUGAUUCGGUGAUAAUGUCGGCCAACACAAUAUUGUUGGAUUUCUCGCUUGACCCCGCCCGAAUCAACGAUGAAGAGUCGCGCAAGGACAUCGUGAAGCUGUGCAAGGACAACCUGGAGAAGUAUUUGGUGGGAUUGAAACUUACGUACGACAUGCUUACUUCCGACGGUUACUUAUGCAUGCUGAACGAAACCGGCAGCGGCACCAUCGUGACCAUCCGGUUCUUCCAGCAGGGCCUGAUAACGAUUAACGUCGAGUACUACCGGAAGGACGGCGACCAACCGAUAAUAUCGUUCGAAAACAUGAAAUCGCUAGAAAACGGUUUGCGCAUCAUGUUGGAGGCGAAGCGCUCCAAGCACCUUCCACCAAUUAAAAGGGGCAGCAAUGUUGAUGUGUACCUAACGAGCUCAGACGAGCGUGUGAUCGAGUACGACAUCGAUCGUGUGUUGUACGAUCAGCGUUCAGAUUUUCAGAAAAUUCAAAUCGUACACUCCAAAAGCCUUGGCAACAUGCUAGUGCUGGAUGAACUGCAAAACAUUUCGGAAGCGGAUCUCAUCUACACCGAAACGUUGAUGUGCCGUGGCGUAGAGGAUUACGCUGGUAAAGAGAUUUGCAUUCUGGGCGGUGGCGAUGGUGCCCUGCUUUACGAGCUGUUGAAAGAAAAGCCGAAGCACGUCGUGAUGCUGGAGAUCGACGAGAUGGUAAUGCAGGCGUGCAACAAAUAUAUGAACUCCAUUUGUGGCGAUGUGCUGGAAAGGCUGAACGAUGAUCGCUACGAAAUCAUUCUCGGCGAUUGUAUGGUGUACCUGAACAAGUUCAUCAGCGAUGGCCGCAAGUUUGACUACGUGUUCGGCGAUCUAACCGAUAUUCCCAUCUCAGAUACACCAACCGGUGAAAUUUGGGAUUUUAUUCGGGUGAUUUUAGAAUCAUCGUUCAAGGUUCUGAAGCCGACUGGGAAAUUUAUGACACAUGGAAACGGUGUCAGCUGCCCUGAUUCGCUGGAAAUGUACGAGAAGCAACUGGCUAAAUUGACACCGAAGGUAACCUUCACCAAGAGUACGGCAUUCGUUCCUUCGUUCAUGGAAGAAUGGGUAUUCUACCAGGUGCAACGUGAGGACGCUAACGCUGCUGGUAGCGUUUGACUUUGAUCGUCGUACGACCGAUGCUUGGAAUGCCGAAUAGCACGGCUCUCACUGCACAUUUUUCUUUCUCGAACAAUGUUUUUGCAUUUCGCAUUGUUCCGACUAUCACCAGCAUUAGCCAACUCCCUUAGCACAACUGCGAAUAGCGCUGUCAGUAGUAGCACUAGUAUGGCUGCCACUUUGCAUUAUCUGCUAGAGACCCCGUUUGUAGGGGCAAAUGUUGUAUGCGGUAGUUAGCUAGAACAGAAACUCGCAUCUUCCAGAGUCAGGAUCCAAUAGAAGGUAGAAAGAUGGGAAACAAUUUAAUUAGACAUUAGAAAGUGGUGAUACUUAAUCUCAUCCUGCUUAGCGUCGUAUUUCAGCGAGAGAGAGAGAGAGAGAGAGGUUGUUCCAUGCCAAAUGAAUGGUGUUCUUAAUUUAUCCAUCUCACUUUUGUUACACCCAUUCAUUCUCUGUUCACUAAGCGAUGUACUCUCAAUGCACAAUGUUCAGGGAAUUGUUGCCAGGGGCAUGGUCCGGUUGUGCUAGCUUUUGCCCAGAUUUACCAGUCAGGCCCGAACGUUACCACGGUAGGGAUUGGGUAGGGGCCUGUGGGCGUGCUAGUUUGUAUUUAGUUUAGACCAUUGUUUUUCGUUGUUUUUAAUGUUGACCUUGGAGUUUAAUGUACU